AUGGAAAACAAUCUUGGUGAGAUGGAGACCACCGUCCUGUCGGAGGUCAGAAUCAUCCUGAUUGGUGGGAGAUGGGCUGGCAAGAGCUUCUCCGGCAACACCAUCCUGAGAAAGGAGAGGUUUGAGUGCGGCCGAACCAGAACGGCUCAGAUCGAAGUGAGGCAUGCGGUGGUGGAGGGCCGGCAGCUCACCGUGGUCGACGCUCCGGGAUGGAGAAGCUCCUUCUCCCUCACCGAGAUCCCAGAGGGGGACAAGCAACGGUUCAAACUCAACGCCUCCAGGUGUCCGCCCGGCCCUCACGCCUUCCUCCUCGUCGUUCCCAUAGACUCUGCGUUCUCCCCGGAGAGCAGGAGGACCGUGGAGGAGCACAUGAAGCUCCUCGGGGAGCGGGUCUGGAGAUACACCUUGGUGCUCUUCACCUGCGGGGAUUUCCUCGGCGGGAAGACGGUAGAGCAGCACAUCGAGAGCGAGGGAGACGCCCUCAUGUGGUUGACCGAGAGAUGCGGUAACAGGUACCACGUGUUUAGUAACAAGGAGAAGAGGAACUCAGGUCAGGUGACGCAGCUGCUGCAGAAGAUAGACGAGAUGGCGGCGCAUAACGGAGGCACUUACUACCAGAUAGAUGAGCAGAUGUUAAACACCAUCAAAGAGAAGCAGCUAGAUGUAGCAGAAAGGGCGGGAAACAGGAGGAGGAAGUCCGAAGAGCAAAGACGACAAAUGAAAGCACUGAUUCCAGAAGAGAAGAAAACCAUCUCAGAACUCCGCUUGAUUCUCUUGGGAAGCCGAAGCGUUGGGAAAACCUCCGUGGGGAACUCCAUUUUGGGAUCCAAAGAGCAAGAAGACGGGAAGAGAACGGCACACUCUGCGGCCCGGCAGGGUUUCAUGGGUGAAACUAAAACAACUGUUGUUGACACGCCGGGUUGGUGGAAAGGCUUCUCCAUGGAUGACUCUCCUGAAGCAAUGAGGGAGGAAGUGAAGCUCAGCCCUUUUCUGUGCCUCCCUGGGCCUCACCUCUUCCUGCUGAUGAUAGACGCAGACGCAUCCUUCAACGCCAAACACUUAAAAGCAGUGACGUCACACGUGGAGCUUCUCGGAGAAGAAGUCUGGAGACGCACCAUUGUAGUUUUCACCAGAGGAGACUGGCUGGGAACUCAAAGCGUGGAGGAGUACAUCGAAGGGGAGGGAGAGGCGCUGCAGUCUCUGGUCGAAAAAUGCGGAAACAGAUAUCACGUCAUGGAUAACAAGAAUAAAGAUGACGGCACGCAAAUCACGGAGCUGCUGGAGAAAAUCACUGAGACUGUGGCCGGAAAUGGUUGGGACUACUUUGUCCCAGAUGAACAGAUAUUUAAGGCGAUCGAAGAGAAAAGAUCAAAAGUGGAAAAGGCAGCGCAAAUGAGGCAAAGUCAAGUCAUGGACAAAAGAAAACUCCUCAGAGGUAACAGUAAAGAACUCCCGGAGCUGACGGUCGUGAUGCUCGGUCAGAAGACGUUUGGGAAGAGCGCGACAGGAAAUAACCUCCUGCGUAAAGAAGUGUUCGCCACCUGCGAGAAUGAGUCCUGUCAGGUGGUGGUCGGGGAAGCUGCCGGCAGGACUGUCACGGUGAUCGACACCCCGGGCUGGCGGAUGGAUCCGUCCUGCUGCACCGAAGAGAGGGACAAAGAAAUAGUCCGAGGUCUCUCCCUGAGCCUCGGGGUUCACGCGGUUCUGCUGGUCGUCCCGUUGGACCUGAGGUUCAGGGAAGCUCAGCGGGACGCCCUGGAGGAGCACAUGAACCUUUUCGAUGCCGGCGUCUGGAAACACACCAUGGUUCUGUUCACGUACGGUGACAACCUGUUGGACAGAACCGUGGAGGAGCACAUCGAGAGGGAGCACGGCGCUCUGCGCUGGCUGAUAGACAAGUGCGAGAACAAAUACCACGUCAUGAACAACACGAAGAGAAUGGACACGGGUCAGGUCAACGAGCUGUUCCAGAAGAUCGAGGAAAUGGUGGCGGGGAACGGAGACCGGCUCUUCCGCCCUGAGAUGAACGACGUCCACGCGAGAAUUGAUGAGAAGUUCAGGAGGAGGCAGCUGAAGAUGGUGCUGAAGCAGCGUCUGGAGGAGGAGUACAAGAAGAGGGAGCUGGAGCUGAUGACGGGGUUCAAGGAGACGCUCCUCCAGCUGCAGGCCUCGGCACACAGGGGAAGUUUGACGGGCACGAAAACCAAGUCACUGAUCCCUGACGUCAACUUAAUCAAACCCAAGGGCAUUGGCCAGAGGAGGAAAGAUGGAAAGGAGAAGGAUGAAAGCAUGGACAACAAAAUCAGCCAGGAAAUUGACAAGCUGGACAAAGAGAUCGAAAAGAAAUCAUCGGAUCUUAAGCUCAGCAGCAUGGAAAUCUUUCACCCAGAGUUAAAAGGAGAGAGUCCAUCUAUCGAUGGGUCUUUGUCUCCAAGGAGGAUCCCCUUUAAUAAAGUUAUUGGUUGGCUGUCCCAUCUUCAGAUCAGCAGAAACUUUGAUAACCAGAUGACCCUGAACUUCUCUCAGACGUCUGGUUACAGAUCUGUGCUGCCAAACGACGAGCUGGACUUUGACGAAGAAGAAGAAUAG